GUUGGGUCACGCCAAAAAGUGCCGAAGCCGCUAACACUUAUAAACAUUUUCUACGUAUUCGACGGGUUGCAAAACAGCAACAAUGGCGGGGCAAUGUUGUGGACGCCCCAAGCUGUCCGAUUUCGGACUCAACACCGAUGACCCAAGUGUGUUUUCCCGUGCUCAGUAUGAGAAGAUUCCUAAGAUAUUGUUCAUCAUCUACCGUGUGGUCAUCGCUCUCUACAUCUUCGGUAUCACUGUGGCGUAUCUGAUCAACCAAAUCGAAUUCUUUGGCGGGGUUUUGUUCGUAUAUCUGACCAACCUCGGAUUCUUUGUCUUCUUCUUUUAUCUUGUAAUGGCUGCUGUAACGGCCGUAGCAGAUACAUGGAUUUUACGGACCCGAACUAUUGAAGAAGUUGGAAUUCGCCACAAGAUCCAAUGUUUACUCUUCAAUAUCACAUUGAAUGUUAACAUCAUCGUCACUCUCAUCUACUGGAGCUUUCUGUACGAUCCAAGUGUCUCAUUCUUCUAUGACUUUCACGUGCAUUCAUUCACCACCAUCGUUUCCCUUCUCGAUUUGUUCCUGACUGCCAUGCCGGUACGGUUCCUGCACUUAAUCUACCCGAUGGGAUUUGGUAUCGCGUACCUGAUAAUGACUCUGAUCUACUGGGGAGCAGGUGGGGUGACCAGACUAGGGGACUACAUCUAUUCGUUCAUUAAUUAUACCGAAAGCCCAGGGCUUGCUGCUGGGGUGGCUUGUGGUGUACUUAUAGGUGUGGUUCUCGUUCAGCUGUUAGUCUGGGGCUUGUACAAGCUACGAAUGUGGAUGUGGGUUAGGUGUAGUGGGGAUGGGAGGAUCGUUCAGUCGGAGGACCCAGGCAAGAUGGAGGAAGGGUUGUAACUUGAAGGUGCACCCGACUAAAUAAACUCACAUAAAAGUGCAGUGAUUAGUGCUUAUUGUUACACGAAAAACAAAGCUAAUUUUAAAUCUCACAGCUUUUUACAGAAAUGGGGAAAUAAAACAUUGGCUCUUGAAUGUUUUUCCUCUACUUAAGUUGAUGAUAGUGAGUCUCAGGGCCUGUCGAGUUACUCUCCUUCCAGAUAGACACCACCCUAAACCUUUGUAAGCUUCGAGAAGUCCGAGCAUCAAUCUUGAACAAAAUAAUGUCUUCACCUCUCGGUAAAUAGGACCACUUAUUGUUGGGCCUUUGCCAACCAAAAUACCUCAAGUUAAAAUUGAACAAUCUCAGGUUGAUGGACACCGUUUUUACACUAUUCUGUCUGUCCAGCGAUGUGGUUGGUACCGGCGCCAUCACCUCGCUAAACCGGAUGGAUUCAAACUUCUUGAUGAAAAUUCCUCGAUUUUCUUUUAUAUAUUUUCCCCAAAGUAGACACUGAUGAUCUGAUGUUCAGAGCUGACUUGUUUUACUGAAUCUUUAUUGAUGGCCUAUAAAUCAGCAUUAGGCCUACGUAUAGACAAAACAAAUAUGGAUAACCCCACCUUUUAGAUUGAUUAAACCAUAGAGCAAGGAAGCUCAAUGAUUAAACGACAACCAAAUAAAGAUUGAAGGACCAUGAUAUGAGGCGUCCAACAUGGGAUAAUUAUAGAUUGAAGUCAUGGCCGGCCCAGUAAAAUUCUACCUCAGUUUACAUGUAAUAUAAAGUUUGCAGUCCACAAGACUUAUUUUAACUGUUAUUAUCUCACAGUAAACUACGUGUCGAACCAUAGAGCAAGGACUGGUCCUUGCUCUGUGGUCAAACAAACAAUUUAAUCAACGUUCAUAUUUUUUUUCUCAGAGCGAUUCACGAACUU